AUGGGUAUUUGCAGUAGCACAGAUAAAGGAAAUAAAAAGUAAGAAUAAAAAUCUAAAGGUAAUGAAAACAAUUAGCAAAAUAUGCCAUAAGUAACUGAGAAAGAUAGGCAAAUAAAAAGGACAUUUACAGUAAUUUUGUCUAAUUUGAAGAUAAAAAAUCCUCCUUAAAGAGCUGGUGCUUCUCUUCAUCUUAAUUUUGACACUCAAUGCAAACAUUAGCUUUCUUUAACUGAAGUGGAUAAUAGUCUUAGGUGGAAACAGUAACUAGAAUUUGAAUAUACAGUUGAUGAUUAUCGUCUUAAGUCAUUAGCCUUUGUUAAUUUUUCUCUAAAAAAUAGCUCAGAGUAAGAUUUAGGAAAUAUAGUGUUAAAACUUUACAAAGUAGCAACUGGCCCUUACCACCACGAUAUGGCAAUUAUGUGGAAAAAUAAUAUUAAUCCUUAAAAGAUGGCAUAAAUGAAAGCUUUAAAUAUCCCUAUUCAUCAACAUACAGAAGGCAGAAUCAGCUUUGAUUUAAAAAUGUUUUAGAAAAUUGAAUUUUGCAUAUCAACAGAUUCAAUCAUUAGCAAUUUAGAAACAUUUACUGAUAAAGCAUAUAACUUUUCUUUGAGAUUAAUUACUCAUAAUAAUACUUAUAAUAGCGAGCAUUCUGAUUUCUUUCUAAAUCCAGCAUUCUAAAAAGCUGAUGAUAAAAUGUAGACAGAUAGCUAGGAUGAAAAAAAUUCUAGAAUAUCCUUUAAAAAUGGUAAAUUAAAAGAUUAAGAGUAAGAUAAAGAUAAAGAUAAACAAAGAGAAAAAGCAAACACAGCUGCAACUCCAGCAGAUGAAAAUUUUACUCAAGAAAUGAAUGAAAACGUUGAUGUAAUUAAGAUAAAAAGUAAAUUGAUAAAACCAAAAAAAGAUAUGACAGACAGUAUUACGAUCGAAUCACCAACUAAAAAAAAAAAUACAUAUGUUCUCAAUUAAGCUAAUGAAGGAAGAAAGCUAGUACCAACUUUAAGCUUUACAAAAUAGGAAUCUUAAAAACUUGCUAGAUUAGCAUCAUUAAAAAAGGUCCCGGGCUCUGGAAAAUUAGAUUCAUCAAAUGAUGAAAAAGAAAAUACUGACAUAGUCAAUGAAGAGUUAACAGGUGCAAAUACAGAAAAAUAAUCAAUAGAUAAUGAAGAAUAGAUUCUUUAAUGGGAUUAUUCAAGCUAAGAUAAUAGUUAAGAUGGCCCUGAACCUCCUGAGCUUAUUGUAAAACUAACAACCAAAGAUUUGGCUACAACAUCUCUCCAAAUAUGUUUUUGGGGUCUUUUAUCUACUGAUCCACUUGAAAAAAUUGAUGAAACUGGAAAAGUUAUAAAAUAUUUUGAUAAUCAUAUUGCAGGUGAGUGCUAUAUCUCACUAAAUAGAAUUUUUGCAGUUGAUCCCGAAAUAAUAGAAAUUAAAGGUUAAAAAGUUCAAGUAAGGAAAAAAGCAAUAAAUGAAAAACUUUGGAAUCAUGGUAAGGAAGUGGGUACUACUAAAAGUAACUUCAAGGUUAUUAAUCAUGAGUAUUUACAGCAAAUGAUAGUAGGUGUAUAAACUGAAAACGGUGUCUUAAAAGCAAGUCCUGCAGUAUAUGAUUUCAAAGAAGGAACUGGUAAUAAUGCAGAUAUUGUUGCAUUGAAUGAAGCAAAAAAUAUAUUAAAUGAUAGCGUUUUUACUUUGUACGAAAAAAAGUAGAUUCUCGAAUAAAAAGACAAAGAUAAAAUAAAGCAAGAGAUAAAUUAAAGCUUUUAAACCGUAUUUGAAUUGGCUUAAAAAAGUCACAAAGAGUCAAUCAAAUCCUUCUAUUACAAAAGCUAGGAAGAGCUGUUAUAGUCUCAAGAUAUUCUGAUUGAUGUAGCAAAGCAUUUAUCUUAGUACGCAGAUGAAGUAGAUGAAUACUUAAGAGAUAAUUAUUAUGAUUGUCUUAAAAUUAUUAUCAAUAGAGGUGAAUUUGACCUAAAUUACAUGGGCUUUGAUGAGUCUUAUCAUUUUUUGCUUGAAACUGCCCAAGGAGCUCAACUUAAAAAGACAGGAUUCAAUAAAGAAGCUAUUAGAAAGCUCAAUUUAAAGAUGAAAGUUGCUUUAAGUUAUUAAAAACUACUAUACAGCAUUUUAGAAAAAGUUCUUGAUAAAUUAAAUUAAAAAGCUUUGAGCGAUAAAGAAAGAUAGUUUGUUGAAAAUUAUUGUGCUGUUGCUUACUUUAGGAUACCAGAGUUUAGACAAAAGUUACUUAGUGUUGUAAUAAAGUCUGAUGACAUAGAAAUAACAGAAUGGAGAGGUACUGAGUAUUAGUUAGAUGAGACAAAAAAUAAUAAGCUAGCUAAAAAUAAUGAAUUUAUAAGCUUAUUUGAUUGGGAAUAAAGCUUUUAUAGAUUUCUUAAAACCUAAGAGAGAGGUGAGUAGCACUUUAAUGAUUUAAGUGCAAUACUAAAUGAUACAAAAUGGUCUUAUAGAAUGUCUAAGAGAGGUGUUGCCUUCUUCUUUUUCUUGACUGAAUGGCUUUAGUAUGUCAAUAAAACAGUCGUAGUAAAAGAUCACGUCCCUUGGCAAGAUCUUCCUGGAUAUCUUACUCUACUUAGAGCUUUUUUAAUAGAACUUAAGUCCAGAGACAUUCUACAGUAUCCAGAAGCAUUGAAACUAGCAUCUCAAAGUAUUUUGAAUAAUGAAAGACUUUUGAACAUUUUAAUCACUCUUAUCUAUAAUAAAACAAAUGUGUACGACUCUAAUAAAACAGUGUAAACAUUUGAUCUGAUAAAUUCAUGGAUGUAGUUCCUUAUUUAAAACAACAAAAACAUUCCUACUGUAUUUGAUUUCAGCUUUUUCUUAAAAGGCAUUAGAACUGUUUUGGAUCAAGAUCACUCUAUUUGCUUAGCAAGAGUGAUUUGGGUUAUUUAUAAUAAUUUUACUUUAUUUCCACCUGACUUCUAAAAAGAAAUAUGCGAAUACCUAUUUUCAAACCUAUUUUUUAGGCUUUUCAUGCACUGGUCCUAUAAUGUUAGAAUGAUAUUUUAGUAUUUUUUAAUCUACAGAAUCAACCAUUUAUUCGGCGAGUAAAAAACAAAAUAUAAAGGAAUUGAUGAACUGAAGAGACAGAUAUUAAAUAACACAAAUUUUUCAGAAAGAAAAUUCGCUUUGAUUAAUGAUAUUAUUCAUUUAAUGUAUAAUAAAAUGAUGAAUAUAGUUGAUUUAGCUAGAGCUAAAUAUGCUUCUCAAGAAACAUAAUUUUAAGAAUAAUAAAAAUUCCAUUUGAAAAUGAGACAGAAACUCAUAGAAAAAUAAGAAAAUAAAUUAUUUUCAAAAAAUAAUCAGUCAAAUCCAAAUAACUCUUAUUCGAUCUUAGAAGUUUCAUUUAGUUAGGAAAAAGAAAGAAUUUAAGAAGAAAUGCAUACUUAAAAUAAUAUUUUAGAUGAUCUAGAUAAUGAUAAAAAAGAUUCAGUACAUGAAGAAAUUGCAAAACCAGUAGAAAAAGAUAUGAUCUUUGAUUCAUUUGAAAACUAUGAAAUACAAUAAAUACAAAGAGCAUAAAGCACAAUCACAUAGAUUAAAGUGCACCUUAAAAGGUCUAAUUCAGUUGUAUAAGCAGCUCAAGUUAUUUAAAAGGAAGAUACUUAGUUUGAGUAUGAUAAUUAGUAUGAUAUAGCCAACUUUUAAAGACAGAAAAGUUCCAGGUCUAAUUCAGUGAAUUACUAAUAAAUGAAAAAAUCUGAUUCUAUAAAAGAUGCAAAUAAAUAAAAAGUUGUAAUUUACAACCGAAGAGUAGGCUACCAAGUAGACGAUAAAAAAGAUGAUACCUUAGUUUAAAUAGAAAAAUAAUACAUAAAGUAUAUAGUUUAAUCUUGUUAUGAGUUUGAGCAGUUGAAAAAAAGUUAUCAAAAAUGGUAUUCACAAUAAGCUUCAAAGCUCCCAGCUAUGUCUAAAGAAAGGAGAUAAGCACAUGCUAGAAAAUUUAUAAUUCCAGAAGUUAUUUUGAAAGCAACCAUCGAUGAAGCCGAAUCUAGUUAUUCUCAAAUGGAUGAAUGGUGA